AAAGCGCCGCGUGCACUGUGCAGAGGGGCCGCUGGACCUGUCGAUGGGCGGCGCAGCGCGAGGCAGCCGCCCCCACAAGCGCCCCUCGCGGCCGCUUCUGCCCUGCGGCCUCUGCCCCAAGGCCUUCGACCGGCCCUCGCUGCUCAAGAGGCACAUGCGCACGCACACAGGGGAGCGGCCGCACGCGUGCGCCGCCUGCGGGAAGACGUUCGCGCUGGCGUCCAACCUGCGCGCGCACCAGCGCACGCACCACCUCGCCCCGGCCCCCGCCCCCGACUCCGCCCCCGGCGCCGCCCCCGCCGCCGCCGCCGCCGCCUCCGCCCCGCUGUGGCUGCUGCAUCGCCUUCUGCACGCGCACGCCGCCGCCGCCGCCGCCGCGGCGCCCCACGCCGCCUUGCAACGCCGCCUCGCGUGGGCGGACGCGGAGGCAGACGGCGAAGCACCUCGGCAGCACCAGCAGCCUCGUCAGUCGUAUGCUGCUAUUAUAUA